UCAAAAAAAUCACCAGGAGGUCUGAAAAAGGAGCGCAAAUUGAAGGAUGUCAAAGCUCUCUCACGGAAAAGUAAAACUUUGGUUAAGCCAAAGAAACCUCUCACGUCGCCUUCCAAGAAAUCAAAAAAUAUAGGACAAAUAGCAGCCCAGAGUAAAAUUUUGGAUAAAGUAUGGAGGAAAGCAAUUCAAAGUUUAUCUAGUGAAAGCAAUUUAUCUCCUGUGCAUUUAGAAAUUUUGCAAAAAUUUCAAGGCCAAACAGUUCCUCAAAAGAAGAGGAAAUUAUUCGUGAAAUGGGUGGCAACGUCACUGCAAAUGGAGAAGGAUAAAUAUCGCCCAGUCAUUGAGGAGCUUUACGAAGUAAUCAAAACACGCAGAGAUGAAGAAAUGGCAAAAUUAACUGCUGAAAAAGCAUUAGGUACUGAGAAGAAAAGCAGGCGACAAAAACUCAGAGAAAAGAAACUGAAGAAAAAGUUGAAGAAAAAAUUAAAAGGCAGUGACCAAGACAAGCUCGAAGAAGCAAUGGAGGAAGAAAAGUCUAAAAUAGAGUUUGUCGUCCCAGCAGCCACCAAACGGAAACAUAAGAAGAAGCAUAUUAGGGAAAUACUGAAGGAAAAGAAACAGAAGAAAUCUGGUGGAGGAGCAAUGGAGGUAGAUUCAGCAUUUCCAGCUGAACCAAAACACACUAAAUUUGAUGACAAUAGCAUUGAAGACACUCCUGUGACCGAUCAACCAAUGGAGGAAUCUAUGGAAGUUAGCUCUAGUUCAAUUUCUAAGAAAAAGAAAAAGAAGAAAAGUGUACUGUUCACAUGAUUAAGAUAAUUGUAUAUAAAGUUAAAUCUGUCAUUGCCUUCAGGUACGUAAUUUUUGCACACAUUCAUAAGUGGCUAUAAAAUCCCCUCCAAUUUUAGGUAUUUUUGUCUCCAUCUUGCAGUUAUACAGCAAAGACAUGUUUUCCUUAGUAUUAUUACUAAGUUCAUUUAAUUUAGGGUGCAAUCAAUUUUUGAUGGAACAUUUUCUCUGAAAUAAAAUUGAAUAAUUGUGAUAAUAAGUGAAA